UUGUAACUCAGCACACUUUGGAGUGUCCUCACGAACAUCAGGAGGGAUGAAGAAGCUGAACAUGGAUUCUUGGAGAGAAAUGUUUUAUGAGAAGAUAGAGGAGGUGAAGCCACAAGAUCACUGGGACCUAAAGAUGCACCAGAACCUUGAUUACAAUGACUUGGGACCUGGUUGGAAACAAUCACUGCAAGAACAUGCAUUUGCCAGCUUCCAGUGCUCAUGGUGCCAGCAUUUCUGGUCAUCAGUUCAAGUGGUUAUUCUGUUCCACAUGUACCUGGACCAGCACAGGAGAAAAGGUUGGGUGAAGAUGAGAGUCUUUAGACAAGAAUGUUAUGAGUGCUCCGAGGGUAAGUUAGAAGAGCCAAAUUUCAAGGAGGAAAGUGUCCAGAGGGUCUUAGAGAACUUGGUCAUCAGCAUUAGGGAGAAAUGCUAUGGAGAGUAUGUGGCCCAGUUAUCUGAGGUUACAGUGAUAGGACAGCACUAUGGACCACAUCGGAGUGACCAUUGUGAGGCUUGUCGGUUGGGAAUACAUCAGAGGCCCAAGCACAUGAUGUAUUAUGGAAGACCCAAAGACACAGUGUACCAUGGGACAUCCAAAGACACAAUGUCACCGGUUCAGCUACCAUCACACGAUUUACCCCAGGACACGAUUUGCUGUGAUUUCAAGCUUUGCUGUGUUUUCUGUAUUAUUUGCAUUUUCAUUUUAAUUUAUAUGCACAGUUGGAUACUAAAGCUAUUCAAAUAGUGGGGGUAACACCCCCCCCCCGAGUCAUGAAUAAUUGCAAAUACAGUCAACUAGUUUGGUUUGCUCUUACUGGUGAGCUUGUAUUAAUUAUUUUACCUGUGUGUGUAGAUAAUUGCUAGGGAUUCAAGAACAUUUUUGAAAGUCCCCCCCAAACGUCAUGAAUUCUGGUGGGAAUGAAUCUGCGUCGGAAAAUUCCAACCAGAACUACAUCAGUCAUCCCUCGCUUUUCUCUAGUUAUUGUUCUCCUGUUUGAAAACUUCCAGUUGGCUAAUCAAGGAGCAGAAACGAUACCACAUGAUUUAGGUCACCAACCACACACCAGGAGUAAUGAAUGGCUAAAACGAACAGUUUGUGAACAGCCCCAGAGACUGAAAUUAUUUGUCUGGACUAUUUGGCAAAUCCGAAUAACCAACACGUUGGAUCCAGGAACCCAGAAAGGAGCUACAUUAAUAAUGAACAUGAUUUGUGAUGACUGAUGCAGUUGAUUCUAUCUGUUACCUUCCUGCUUUUUAAGGCAUUUGACAUUGAAAACUGAACAACAGGAGAGAGACUGGAUUUAGCAACUGAACUAUUUGAGGAAAGAUGGGCCAAAGGAAAUGAACUAAUUCAAAAGAGAAUCAUAGCAAUGUCAGGCUGGAGGGGAACUCAAGAGGUCAUCUAGUCCACCACCCGCCAUGCCAAGGCAGGAUAAAAUAAACCUAGACCAUCCCGGAUAGAAGUUUGUCUCCCCUGCUUUCAAAAACGUUCAGUGACGGAGAUUCCACAGCCUGACUUGGUAACCUGUUCCAGUGCCUAGCUAUCCCUAACGUUUUUCCUGAUAUCCAGCCUAAAUCACCAUUGCUGCAAACAAAGCCCAUUGCUUGUUGUCCUACCCUUGGUGGACAUGGAGAAUAGUUGAUCACUGUCCUCUUGCCUUUGACAUAGUUGAAGAGAGUUAUCACAUCCUCCCUCAGCCUCCUCUUCGCUAGACUAAACAUGCCAAAAUUGUGGAUCCAACUGUUACAAAAAUGAUAUGUAUCCCUAAUGCAACUCAUAACACCGACUGCUUCGCUGCGAUGUAGUCAGUUACCUUUUGUGUUUGUCACCCUUUUUCCCCCUUGUGCAGGAAAUGAAUUGUUCCGUCAAUAACUGUGUCUCUCUUUAAAAAAAAGUAGGUAACUGAAAAAGCCAAGGUGAUGGGGAAGCUUAGUUGCUGUCUCUUUAAAUGCCCUAAUGCAGGUUGGGUAGUUACAAAGCCACAUGUGUAAUGUUGUGGUUAACAGUGAAGCAACUCUUUGGUUUGCCCUCAAAAUGGGUUGUUCCUGUUGACUAAUAUACUUAGUCUGACUAGCAUACUUACAUUUUAUGCUGGUAAAAGAUCCCUCACUGGCCCCCUCGAGGAUUGAACUCAUAACCCUAAGUUUAGUAGGCCAAUGCUCAAACCACUGAGCUAUUCUUGCCCCCUUUGCC